AUGUCAAAUAUUAACUCUUCUUCCCAGAAACGAGGCCCACCUACCUCCAUUUCUGUUCUUCGCAAGGAUAUUACGAAGCCUUUGACUCGUAAUGGAACGUUUAAGCAUGUCGUCGCUGACCCCGAAGCAGAUUUUCUUCAUAAGAAGAAAAUAGCUACUGCCACGGCUCGCCGCUUAGCUGGCUCUCCUGACUCACCUGAUUCAUCAUCAAUCACCUUUGUCUCUUCAGGUACCAUCCCCAAUGGUCAAAAACCUGCUUCUUCUCAAGCAUCUUCUGCUGUUCCUUCUGCUACCAUCACUGAACUCGAUGAUAGCUUAAUCAUGUCCUCUCUGGAUUCGUCCCUCCCUCCCGUAUCACCUAAUAUAGCUGGUGAAACAUUAGCAUUCAGCAUCCCUGAAUUUGCCCUGGAUCUGCAGCAACAGCUCAGAAAACAAGCUCGUCGUUUGGAUGAGUAUGAAACUCGUCUCUCUGCAAUUGAUCAGAUUUUACAAGAAAAUCUUCAAUUGAAGACCAACAAUCAUGUUCUUGAAAAAACCAUUCGUGAACAAGGUGAUACGAUUGCAGCUUUAAAGGCUCAAUUAACCGCCUCUCCCUAUCGCCCCACUGACAACCGUAUGCAGGUCGAUUCUCAAGAAAGGGAUUUAUCCUCAAAUGCUAGCAUUUGGAGUAAAGCACCUCCCUCUUCUUCAUCACCCAAGCCCACCACCACUGCCUCUACUAGACCCAACGUCAAUAAAAAUAAGCCUACCAUGGCUGAAAUUGUUGCACAAAAGGCUAGCAAGCCU